UCUUUUUUUUUCUGUAACUUUUUUCCUGUUUUAAAAUAAAAAAAAAUUAAUAUCCACUGAAAAGUGCGAGUGUUUUUCUUUAGAGUGAGAGAAAUUCCAAGAGUCGGAGAAGAACCCUAAAUCCACCAGAAGGACGGCAAACCGAACAAACAUUGUUCACUGUCGUUUCGCCCAAAGUUUUCACCGACGAAUCGAAUUGUAAUCUCCUUUUCCUUUUGUGAUUCACCCUUUCUCAGUAACUUAAAAAAAACCCCCAAUUUAUCCGAUCAAUAAUGCCGCCGAGGAGAAAAGCAAAGAAGGGUGUCAAACGCACUGAAGAGGAUAAGAAGGAGAUUCCAAGACAAGAGAAGAAAGAGGACUCCGUUGACGAAGAAGCUGAAAGAGAAGCAGCUGCAAUUAGGGCGAUUCGUGAUGUGGAGAUUGAACACACUUUAACAGCACUGGACUUGCUCUGCUCCUAUUUUACCGAGGAACAGAUUCAGACUCCUGUCUUGGGCUUCUUUAAAGACAAUCUUCCUGAUUUGUCCAUAGCGAGAGACGAAGAGAGUGGGGAGAUUGAGUUGAAGUGGAAUGAUUCGGAUGGUGUUGACGUGAAUGAUUCUAUAUUGAAACGCUUGUCCAUGGGUUUUCCUGAUUUAUACAACAACUCUAGGCCUUCUCUUGGCGGCUACAAUAACGUGGGAGGAAGCAUGUUAGGAACUGGUAACACACACCUCCAGAAUCUUGGGACAUCUGCGAGUCAAAUGCUUGCAAGCCAUGAUGCUCUUCGGACUCCCGUGGUAAAUGGGCAGAGGCUCUCUUUUGGAAUGACACCAAAGACUCGGAGGCAACCAAAACCUGGAGAGAUAAUGCUUUCUGUUCAUGGCUCUCCUUUGGGUGUCUAUAAAGAAGAUGACAACAUGGGAGCUAUUAGUGAAGAAGACAGUUGAAGAUUGCUUCAAUAGGGGCAGAAACUUUGCUGAUUCUCAUUUAGUAAUGUUUGCUGUGCAUGUCUAUUCAGAUUCCAUGAAAGAUAUUUGUUAUGUUAGUAUAUAUAUAUAUAUAUAUAUAUAUGAAAAUUCUGCCUUGUAAUUUACCAAAUUGUGUUCAAGACCAGUUGUUUCCUCUCUUUUAUCUAACUAUUCUAUAAUCUUGA